AUGGCUCAGCAAUACGCCAAAGACCAACCUGCAGGCUUCACCAACCGCAUCGAGAAGGUUGCCAUUAUUGGGGGGUUAAUGGUCAAGCUAAGACCUAACAAGGCCGGUGGUUCCAUUGGCAGACACCUCACCGACCAGCUCCUCAAGAAUGGAAAGCAUACAAUUACCGCAAUCACUCGACCCGAAAGUACCAACAGAAUUCCCGAUGGAGUCAAACUUGCGCGUGUGGAUUACAGUAGUGAUGACGAUAGCGCCCUCGUCGAGGUCCUCAAAGGCCAACAAGUGCUGCUUAUCACCAUGAACGUGAUGGCGCCGCGCGAUACAGUCGUGAAAAUCAUCCGCGCCGCAGCCAAAGCUGGGGUUCGUUAUAUCGAGCCGAACUGGUACGGCCACGACGCCGCGAACGAUGCGCUUUGCAGAGAUAGUAUGCUAACGGAGAACCGAGACCGCGCCAUUGAGGAGAUCAAGAAGCUCGGUGUAAGUGCGUACUUGCUCCUCGUCUGCAACUUCUGGUAUGAGUUCAGUCUCGGAGGAGGGACCGAUCGGUUCGGGUUCAACUUCGCGAAGAGGACAUUUACGAUAUUCGAUAACGGGGAUGUUGCGAUUAAUACGACGACCUGGCCUCAGUGUGGCCGCGCGAUUGCGAGUCUGUUGAGUCUGAAGGAACUGCCCGAAGACGAGAGUGACACCAGCCCUACGCUCUCACAGUUCACGAAUCGGGGCACUUACGUGUCGAGUUUCAGACUCACGCAGCGAGAUAUGUUUAAAAGCGUCAAGCGUGUUACGGGAACUGCUGAUAGUGAGUGGAAAAUCACACGAGAAUUAUCUCUGGUGCGGUUCAAAGAAGGCCAAGAAGCAUUGAAAGUCCAUGACUGGAAGGCAUUUCCGAAGAUGCUGUAUAGCCGAAUGUUCUUUCCCAAUGGGGACGGUGACUAUGAAUCGAGACUGGGACUUGACAAUGCUGUGCUUGAUCUUCCUGUUGAAGAAUUGGAUGAAGCCACCAAGGAGGGGAUUCGGAUGGGGUUGGCGGGUGAAGUGCCUUUCUCCCAUUAA